UUGUUGGUGUUUGGUGCACAAUCAGUUGGAUAGACGAUUUUACGAAACUUUUCUGGGAUUUUGAAGUUGUAUUUUAAACUUUUAUAGACAGUGUAGUCUUACUAGAAGGAUAAUCGACAUUGGAAUUUCUUUUGGAAUUUUAAAGUUGUUUAUAAAUAGACAUAAACAACAACACUGGUGCCUGUGGUAUAGGUAUAUUGAAGACAUUGUUGUUAUUGGUACGUAACUUGUCUGGCAACCUGUGUCUGAGAGUUUUCGGGAAUUAAAGCGAUUAUCUACAGAAGUCUCCCCUAAAACAACAAGAUGGGAGGAAAUGCUCGUAUCACCGGGAUUAAACCAUAACCUUUAUCACGUAUCAUUACUUGUGUGAUUGUUACAGACACAGGAUUAACAGAUAUACACACCGAUAGAUACAGAAAAUAUCAUCAGGUAUAUAUAUCUAUAUACUUACCAGGAUUUUACAAACUCCUCCUACACUAUAAAACAGCUGGACUAUCGGGUUUAUUAUUCUUUGUGCGUGUGUGAACCUCGUAUUAUAACAGGCGUUUCUGGAUUUUACCUGUUGGACGUGCAUUAAACUCACCUGUUGCAGACUCGCCUGGAAACGAUUAGAUGCGGAUGAAGCUACUCAGGAUGUGCUAGGGAAUGUAGAGUUGUGUUUAUGUGUUGGAUAUUACUACUGUCACCCCUAAGUGUUGAGGACACAGUGAAGACAACAUGAGCCUUGUGUUUCUCGGUAUCUUCCCAAUACUUCUGUGUUCUAACCUUGUAAGUGGUGACCUUGGUCCGCCCAUCACCAUAGCGAGAUGUCGUGUCAACUGUCUACAGGUGACCUUGAAACGGAGUGCUCGAAUAGAUGGUGCAGUUUGUCAACGCAAAAACAGUUGUCGGAUGUGUUGGGAUCUAUGUCCGUUACUGUUCAGGAGUUUUGACGUGUGGGGGUCCCUGUGUGACAACCAGGGCAGAUGUCACAAAGGAUGCAAAACGGCAUGUGCUUUCAAGAAGAACGUUCCGUCAGUUCCAAAGACCCAAGACAUCACUUGGGAAUUUCCUGAAAAACCCUUCCUGGAGCAGUACCGAGAAACACAGAGAUGUCAGGUGUUCUGGUCUCGUCCUGUUCCGUCAGUACCCGUAACCGGAAAGGCCCCAUUUGUUUACAUCCUCAUGGCACGUGAUUCCACCGAAGAGGACAGUCACUGGAUAGAAGUCAGCCAGACGGCGUCGGAAACCAUUGCUCUGGACCAAACAAAUCUCCCAUUUUCACCCGAGUUCUGGCUUAUGGCGGUCAACAAGAAUGGGACUAGAGUAGACAACUUUGUGGAUGCAGGCUACACGCCAAUAGAAGGAUCUAUGACGGUAAAAGAUGUUGAUGAGGUAAGGGGUAUAGCGUCUACAGGGAAGUUGAAUUUGACGGUGAGGAUGUUGGAGAGCAACCUGGACGGUAAUGUUGGAGCAUUAAUCGAAUGGAAUCAUCCAGCGCAUAUACAGUCUCAUGGGGACCAAGAAAUAUCAUACGCUUUGACAUUAUUUCUGCAAGAAUGUGGCAUCUUUGAGGACAGUCCACAUUGCAACAUACCACCGCAAUAUUUCGAACACGAGGACCGCUUUCGCUUCUCUGACAAGCCGUCGUCGAAUAUCGAGGUGAUGUAUAAUGCCGAGUACAUGGUUAGGGUAGAAUACGAGGACAAGUCGGGUGUAUUCAGACAGGACAAAAUCUUCCUGACGCCGUUCUGCCCCGAUGUGGACGUGGAGACAUUUAAAUACUGCCCUCCGGAUUUAUCCGCCUCUACCGAUAUCCCGGUUACAGAUGAUUCUGCAGAAGAAAACUUGCUGUGGAAUAUCCGUUUAGUACAGAUGGUAUACCAUGAAACGACUAAGAGUGUAGAAGCGACCUUCAACUGGACCGUUCCAUUCAACAGUUCCAAUAUCCUGUACUACGAAGUCUACUGGAAGGUACAAGAGACUCCGGAGAAACCUUAUACGGAGGGAGGAAGACGAAACUUCACAAUAACCAAAUUUAAUACUGCUCUAAUCAACCUGGAUCUGAAACCACACCUCACCUACGUCAUGUUGGGCACUGUGAAAUACUUUGACGUCGAUGGCCUUAUUCAGAUGUACACAAGUGAAUAUCUGUUUUUUGAUACAAAUAACACCGACGCCAUGCUUUUGUUCAAGGAGCCACAACGUGUCGUAGACAGCCGAGAUUUGAGCUGGAAGAACCUGAAUGAUAUUGUAGUAGCGGCCACCUGUAUCGCGACGGUUGUCAUGGUCGGCUUAAUCGUCUUGUUCAUCUACAUGAAACGUCAAAGUUUUAAGGACAUAAUCAUCACUAAAACAGCCGUAGCCAAGAGUAACAGUUACAAGUCGAAUGUGGGAUGCAAAGUAGACUAUUCUAACCAGCUAUUGGUGAUGAGCGACGAGUGGGAGCUGGAUCCUCGGUUCCUUAAAUUCUCAAGUCCCAUUGGCCAAGGUGCAUUUGGCAAAGUGGUCACCGGAUAUUACAAAGAGUCGCGGGUCGCCAUAAAACUAGUUAGAGACAGUGCACCUCUUUCCUACAAAGAGGACCUGCUAGCGGAAAUUAACCUAAUGAAGAGAAUAGGGUCUCAUCCAAACAUUGUUUCCAUGAUCGGAGCUUGCACGCUCACCGAACCAAUCGCAUUGGUGAUGGAGUAUGUUCCCUAUGGCAACCUACAGAACUUUCUCAAGAAAUGCCGCUUGGAAGGUGACCUUCAGAAGCGUGCUGGCCGCCCUAGUGAGGUCGUUUAUUCCAUUAUGGGAGUGAACGGGGGAAUAGAAAGUGGGGUCAUCACCCCGGCAGACAUGCUUUCAUUUGCUAGACAAGUUGCCAUGGCAAUGGAAUAUUUGUCCGAGAAGAAAUAUGUCCAUCGUGAUUUGGCAGCCAGAAACAUUUUACUGGACUACAACAAAGUGGUCAAGGUGUGCGAUUUUGGACUGUCCAGAGACAUCUAUAACGACAAUCAAUAUCACAAAGUAACCAAUGGAAAAUUACCACUCAAGUGGAUGGCCAUAGAAUCUCUGAGGGACCGCAUAUUUACCACACAGAGUGACGUCUGGUCGUUUGGUAUACUUCUGUGGGAAAUUGUCACCAUGGGAGGUUCACCAUACACAAACAUAGCACUGGCAGAUCUGUACUAUGUCCUGGCCAACGGUUACCGAAUGGAAAAGCCAAGCAACUGCUCAAAAGAAUUGUACGCUAUAAUACGUCGCUGUUGGAUGGAGUCCCCGUCAGAGCGGCUUACAUUUUCGGGUCUCCGUGUAGAGAUCGAACAGCUCCUGAGUCGUGACCGUGACUAUCUGGAGCUAGAGAAUAUUGACGUGCCACUAUCCACGUCGGAGAGUAGUAGUAUACCUAAAUCCGAAAAUGACACUAUUUCCCUGUUAACGGGACGAUCUACACAACCGCAAAAAACUGUGACAAUAUCAUUACCUCCUCCAGAAUCUCCGACAGGAAUCGUGUGUGUAGAGAAAUCAACAGAAUGGCUGAUUCGGGGUCGGGAUGAAGAGACAAUGUCCUGAGUGAUUUAUGUGUUUGUUUUGAUUGACCCACUUUCCAUCAUAGACGAAAGUGGCUACAUCUGCGAAGGGGCGUGGGAAUUAUUGUUCACAAAAAAUAUUUAAAACAAAGACGAGCGAUUUGUUGUGAAGGAUGAUAAAUGAAGCUCAAAUAAACGAGGACCAGACUAAAAGAAAAGGUUUUGGAUAACAUGGUCAGUCUUGUUAAACAAAUGUGAUAUAAUGCUAUUAAUUCGACGUGACACAAACAAUGUCAUUUAAGUGUCGUUUUCCAGUUAUCCAUUCUGAGAGUGCAGUACUGUGAGACAAGGUUCCAAAAGCAGGUGUGUGCCAUUGAUGGGCACUGGGACCAUCGUGGGAACGAAGGAAAUACAGUGGGAACGAAGGAAGUACAGCCAAAUUUCCUUAGGACGGACAAAUCUAUUUUAGUGUCAAUUUAAAGUUGGCAUGUGUUGUGAGGGCAAAAACAUGUCUCAUGUUGGACCAUUAUGUUUGUGUUUAACGUCUGUGCAAUGGACACAUAAAGCAAGCACAAAUUGUUUUUCAAGUGGUGUUCCGACCACUGAAAGGCGAUGUUGAUUAUUAUGUAUUGUAUAAUUGAUGGGAGGGAACUAAUGUAAAAGCGCACAAUGUUUGGUAAGUGCACUUGUUUAAGCAAUACGCCAUUAGUCAAAAUCAUCAUUUGUCCGUAACACAACAGCAAUAUAGAUAAUUUACCCGUGUCUUUGCUGUCUUUCAUGUUCAACUUUUUUCCGUGAGAGUUUCUGAUUGGUCCUUAUUAUGUCUCUGUGAUUAAAGCAACAAAGUCCUUUUCAGGUAAACAAAGAAAAGUAACAAAGAAAUGGUUCCAAGGAGUCUCUUCCAUCAAGCUUGUUUAUUGUCAUAUUCUUAAAAUAUUAUUCAGGGUUUUAUUAAUGUUUUGGUUUCCCCUUGUUAUAAUUUGGGUAUAAUUUAUAACUUACGCGCACAGUUCUAUUUUGAAUUUUUCUUUGUGUUAAUUACCGACGAGUCUUGUGGAGCUACAAUCCUCACACACUUGCUUCAGUCAUCAUGACGGCCGUAAUGUUCUACAUGGAAGCCGGGGAAAUGAAAAUGAUUAUAAAAUGGCACAAUUGUUAUCUCAUCUUGCAUCAGGACAACAGGGAACGUGAUUAGUUGUUCAGUACUGUUUGUUGUAAGAUCCAAACAGCACAGUUGUGGGUAGUAAUAUUUUUUGCUAAUUACUCUUUUGAAAUAUUUGGCAUAUGAAAUAGCUAUUGUACUCAAACCAAUUUUCCGUGGAUGGUUUGUAUAGGGGCAUUCCGAAUUAUAUGUUUGUCUGUUUUAAUAUCCUGCUCUGGCACCUGCUGCGUAUUUAAAGCUGUACCUGGAUAUUGACGUCAGAUAUUGAUUAAGUUUUGUUUGAAGUUUUCGGAUUUCUAUUUAUUCGGCAAAUUUUCAAAUGUUGUUGAUGGUAAGCAGAUAUCACUUAUUUAUGACAAAUCCAUCGCAUUAUUGAACGAACCAUUUUGAAUCGAUAAUGUAAGUGUUACGCAGGGUACUUGUGUUCUAUUGUAGUACAUUAAGAAUAAUGGUGAUGUUUUGUUUUAUUUGUACAUUUCUGUGAAUAUUGUUAUGUCCAUGUUAUGUUUUAUGUUAACACUAUGUAUAUAUAUGAUGGAUAUUUAUUUUGCAAACUCAGGUAGAUUUCAUUAAAUAACGUGUAAAAAUCAUGAUUAAAAUGGCAAUAUUAAAAAACAUGAUCUGUAUCAGAAUCAUACAGUCGCCAUCUUAAUCCGUCAUGGUAGUUGCAAUGUACGUUUUGUAAUUUAUUUUGUAAGUACUAAGCUAAACUUAAUACAUGGUACUUCUUUUAAAUCGUUAUCGUAUCUUUUAAAGUGAAACGAAUACUGUUUUAGAUAUUUUACUCUUUAUUUGAAUAAAAGCAAUUAAUUAAAAGUUCCAAUUCAAAACAAUAAUUCUUUAGAGGCAAUCUUUGGACAUUGUGGAGUAUUUAUAUUAAUAAAUAUAUGUAAAUGUUAGAAUUUUCAGAAUCUUUCAGAAAAGAACAAGGUCUAAAACUGAUCAAAUAUAUCUCAUGAUUAUUGACAAUUCAGAAUCACAUCCACUUUGUAUUGUAACGAAAUUAGUAAACUUAUUUUGAGGAAAUAUUCCUAACAUAAGAAUGGUCUCCAUCAUUGCUUCCCUGCUUCAAUUCUUUGCAUAUUAUAUACCAAUCAUGUAAAUCUAAGCCAUACAAUGUUUAUAGAGGAAUUAAUUUAUAACUAAAAGGUGAUUCUGUAUAUACAUAAAGCAUGAUAGUUGAUGAUGGAUGAAAUGGGAUAUAAAGUUAGUUUCUAUGUUUAAGCGCCAGUAACAAAUACGAAUCCUAUGAUCCAGUGUUGUGCAAGGUGUUUUUUCUAUUAAAAGUACGAGCUGUACAUUUUCACUAUUUCACCGGAGGAGCCCUACUCUGUAUUACCGUCCAUUAUACUUGAGACACUUAAUAUCUUGCAGAAAUAUGUUGUAUAUUCUUAAAAUUUUAAUAGCUCAUAAAAUCUACUGACACAGUCGUUCCUCUUAUCACCUAUCGAAAACUCUGCUGCCAAACUUCUCCAGCACUAUCCAGUUAUCGGGUGAAAUUUUAUAUUUCAGAUAAUUAAAUGGGUGUAGAGCAAUUUGUGAUAAGCUGUUGUGUUAAAAAUUGCGCUAAUAUAUUGUCAGUUAUUUUCUUGGAUAUUGUCCAGGGAUAAUUAAAGUUGACUUAGCUCGCUUAUGCAGCUUUAGAGACUUUGAUUAUACGUUUUUAAUAAUAUUAUCUUUUAGUCUUUAAUGAAUACCUGCGGCACAGCAGCAAUCAAAAUUAUCACUAUCUUUUUAACUGGGACUUUGAGAUAAAAUCAACCCAUCGAAAAGCAAAACAAUUUCAAAACUGAUAAAAAAAGAUGUAGCCUUGAAGUUGUAAUCAAUAUGAAGCUAAAUAUUAGGAUACCUUGAUUAUAAAAUCUAUGCAUAGACAUUUAAUUAUGAUAAUGAAAAUAAUUCCUGUUAUAAAGAUAGAAGAAAAUGUUAAAUCGGUUUGUUACUUUCUCAUUUUUAAAAGUAUAUUUUUGAAUAGGAACAGAGCAUAUCAAUUAAUUCAAUAAAAAAAUAUCAUAACGAGUUUAUUCGACUUUGUCGACGAUCUUAAUGGUGUCAGUAAAUCCCCCACUCGUGAAUGUGAAUUUUAAAGUAGAUGAAAUGAUAAUAUAAAUUAACACACCAGAUUCGAAGAUUUCAUGAUGAAAGAGAGCUUUAUCUUGGAGGUGAUUAACUCAUUCCCUUUGUUUAAGAGUUAAUUGAAAACCACUGUCAUCAGAUUUAGUGCAAUGAGUCAGUCCCUUUGCGGUGGUUUGAUGUAAAUUCUCCAUACUGUAGUUCUCGGACGUUGGUAUGGUGUUGUAAUAUUGUAGAGGUGAGUCAGUGGCCUCACCAUAUGUUGGGAUGUCUGCGUCUAAAUUGCCUUUAAUUAUUAUUGUGUCUGUAGGUACUAUCGUCGCUCUCUUUAAAUAAAUAUAUAUCUUUUCCCCAAUCAAUUACGUCAUCCGAAGUUUGCUUCAGUUUUCACAAAUCGUAUCACACACUGUAAUUUACACGUUCAGUGUAUUGCUGUAUUUAAUUAGAUAUCGCCAGUAUUGGAACCGUAUACCUACUUAUAUACAAACACAAAAGAGGUAGAUAAUACCAGUGCAUUGAGAAUGUAAAAUUCGUCUUGUUCUGUACGGCUGAUAGUAUUAUUCGGAAUGUUCGUGUGUGUCUCAGUAAUAUUGGCGCCACAUCAUAAGGUAAAUUAUUAAACAACAAAAUAUAUCCUUUCUUAUAUUAGAGAAAUAUUUGUAAUUGUGGAAAAUCAAUUUCCUGAGUUUUUGGAUGUUUUGUUAACUGUCGUCCUUCUACAACCUUUACCCCUCCCUCAGUCCAAUAUCAGUCCUAGGGCGUACUGUCGUUGUACCAGAUAUAUGUCAUAUUUUAUCAGUUCAUACAUAUAUGCUUAUACGUGCUCAUUUGAGGGCCGGCGCGUGUAUGUUGGAGAGAAGUGUUUCUGAUGUACACGUCAUUCUCCGUAACGGAGGACAAGUAAUACAUGGCCAGUAUCAUAUCCAUGUACAUAAACGCGCCUUCCCCUUGUCCAAACUUAUAUUUGUUUAAAGGUGCGCCAAAGUAAUGAUGCCGUCCUUUCUGGCAGCUCAUGACUGCCGUAGUUUACAUUUUGAUGCCAGUGUUGAACUGUCAUACAAUGUUUUGUAUAGUUGCCGUUGGCCUGUUCGUGCUGACGUAUGUUAUAUUGUUGCCGUUGAUGCUUUGAAUCAUGUACAUAUGUCACAAUAUCAUCAUGUGAUCUAUUUAUAAAUGAAUUGUCAGAGUAAAGCUACAUAAAAUGUUGGAAAACUUGA